GGCCGUAGCCAAUGGCGGCUUGAGUUAGGCUAUGGACAGAGGUUCGCGGAAGUAGACAAGGAAAGUUUCUGCGUGUGACAAGCAGCAGCGCAGUUUGCCAGCCAGACGCGACACACGCGCGUGUAGCAGCAGAAGUAGCGGCGGCAGCACGCGGCCGUAUUUUUAGCGGUUGCACCGACUUGUCUCAGGGUAGGGAAGAGGACAGCGGACUCUCUCUCUCUCUCUCUCUCUCUCUCUCUCGUCACUCCACUUUGGUCCGGUCAGCAGCUGACAGCGAGGCAGCCAUGGUGGAUGCCGGAGACAGCCAACCCUACAGCUAUGAGCAGGUUCAGGAGAUUGCACAGUUCCUACUGGACAGAACAAAGAUGCGACCAAAGAUAGCCAUAAUUUGUGGUACAGGACUUGGAGACCUGAUAGAAAGUGUUACAGAGCGUCAGGUAUUUCCUUAUGAAGACAUACCUGGAUUUCCUGUGUCAACUGUUGUUGGACAUGCUGGGAAACUUGUGUUCGGUGUUUUGAAUGGAGUACAGGUCAUGUGCAUGCAGGGACGUUUCCACCCAUUUGAAGGAUAUCCAGUAUGGAAGUGUGCUAUGCCAGUGAGGGUCAUGAAGUUGUGUGGCAUUACUCAUCUGAUUGUUACAAAUGCAGCUGGUGGGAUAAGUGAGCAUCUGGAAGUUGGUGACCUUAUGAUCAUUAAGGACCACAUCAACUUGCUUGGAUUUUCUGGAAAAAAUCCUCUCAUUGGGCCGAAUGAUGAAAGGUUUGGACCUCGGUUCCCUGCCACUGUAAAAUGUUAUGACAGAGGAAUAAGGAAAAAAGUCAUGUCUAUUGCCAAAGAGAUGGGCAUCGCUGAGAUCAUGAAAGAAGGAGUAUACACUGCACAAGGUGGUCCUGCAUUUGAGACUGUUGCAGAAACACGCUGCCUCAAGGCACUGGGUACUGAUGCAGUUGGCAUGAGCACGGUGCACGAGGUAGUGACAGCGCAUCACUGCGGGCUGACGGUGUUCGGGAUGAGCCUCAUCACCAACCGGUGUGCACUCAGCUACGACCAGGAGGAUGAGGUGACCCACGAGGCGGUCCUCGAAGUCAGCAGCUCCCGCGCCAAACUCCUCCAGCAGCUCAUCUGCAGGCUGGUGCCCCUCGUGCUCCAAGAGUAGUGCUGCUACAGCCACUCCACACUUUACAGCUUCCAUUCCAACUAUGUUAUUUGUUAAUCUAAUUGUGUUAUUGUUGUGAUAUGCCAGUGUCUUUUAUACACAUAUACCAGUGAGUUUAUUAAACUACUUUUCAUUUUUACCCUCUCACCUCUCAGGUUCCUCCAAAGUUGUCUCCUGUUUUUGCAAGGAAUGUGGUGUUGGCUGGCGAGUUUUCAUCACAGACAAAUGUAAUAUCAGGAGUGGCCCACUGAAGUAUGAUAGGGCUGUUCCUGUUCCUGCACAUGUAAACAAUGAGUCAGAUAGGGUGGACAGCAAACUGAGACUGUUUCCCGAUGAUGCUAUUGAGUAUGGAAAAAUACUGUUGUUGCAAGAUUGUAGGAGGGGAUUCCGGAUGACUUGGACAGAAUUUUUAUUUGCUGCAAUAAAUGGCAGCUAAUUUUUGAGAAAAUUUCUUGUUGAGAUGGCAGUUAGCUUUAAAUGUAGAUGAUUAUAAGUUGAUGUGAUUGGUUAGGAGAAAUUUUCCUAUAAUGCUCAAAUAUGGUAUUAAAACAUUCCUGUGAUGCUAAAAUACAGCAUUAAAAGUUCCCCACUUGACCUACUGACACUGAUUGUGUAUCUAUGGCGUGAAACAUAAUUAAUAGAUAUGGUCAGUAAUGGAGACCUUUGGCCAACUACUGUUUAUUUGAAGAUUCCUAAAAAAGUGUAGCAAGUCUAAAAAGUAAACCCCUGUACUGAACCUGUUCAAGUGUACUGCUCAAGUGUCCGCUGCUCCAAUGAUGUUGGAUUAAAAGAAGUUAUCAAAGAAAUUCAUAUGUGUGCUUCCAGAUUUGUUACCAGUCUGUUUGAUCAACACAAGAGUGUUACAGAAAUGCUCCAUGAGCUCAGAUGGAAAUUCUUGCAGAAAGAAGAUGAUGUAUCUGAAAAAUGAUGUUCAGGAAGGUAUUUUCCACCAAGUGUAAAACUAUGCCACCCCUUUGCACGUCCACCUCAGUUAAGAAAAGUUAGGGAGAUUAGGAUUUGUACUGAGAUAUACAGGCAAUCAGUUUGUCUCACUCUAUUUCUGGGAGGAAAAGGGAAGAGAGUGACUAGCAGUGGUGUGAAGUACACAUUGUACAAUGGCUUGUGGAGUAUGUAUGUAGAUGUAGAUAUUCAAACAAAAAAUGAAUCUUCAAUCUGCAGAGGAAUGCGUGUUAUUUUGAAACUUACUGGCAGAUUAAAACUGUGUGCCUGACUGGAUUUGAAUGCAGAAGCUUGCUGUUAAUGGCACAUUCUUUUACCAAUGGAGAUAUUCAGAUUCUCAGCUCAGCUUCAUAACUUCAGUUUUCGGAACUCCACAGAAGAUCAACCUAAUUUUCUGACUCCUGGAAGAUAUGAUAUCAUGGAGAGCUUUUCCCCCCAUCUUCUGACUGGUUUGAUACAGCUAUCUAAAUUAUUCUCUUGUAUCAACUCUACAUCUCAGAGUAGUUAUUCAAGCAAACAUCUUCAGUAUAUUGGAUACAUUUUAAUCUCUUUCUACCCAUACAAAUUUUGCCCUCUGCGGUUCCCUCUAGUACACUGGAAGUUAUUCCAUGAGGUCUUAACUCCUGCAUCUUUCUGUAACCUCACCUUACAGAUGCUUCAGUUCUCAUCUUUUCCAGUCCUUGUGGCUUAUUCACAUCCUAAGGGUUAUUCUAAGAAUGAAUUUCUCACUUAGUACUGAGAUGUGUAGGAUCAAGAUGUGAAACUGUAACUGCAAGGGUAUGAUUGCAAGGCACACUUGAAUAGUUCAGCUGAUAAGCACUUUUGUCACAAAAGGAAACGUUCCCAGUUCUAUUUCAAACAAAAGUUUUUGUAGAACAAUUGAAUUCUCCCAGUAUCAUACCAAUGAACAGAAGUCUACCACCUGCCUCAGUUAUAUCUGAGCCUAUGUGAUCAUUCUGUUUGAUAUAGGCCUACUCUCAAAUUGUUAGACCACAAUAUUUGUAGGAGUUGAUGGACUCCAAAUGUGACUCAGUGAUAUUAU